AUGAAAUUCAAUAUAUUUGAUGGAAUCAUUGAUUUUAUCAGCAAAAACAGCAAACAAUCGCCUGAUUCUACAAAUGAAAUCAAAAGGCUUCAAGCAGAAAUAAAAUCAUUACAAAACCAAAUACAAAAUGCUUCCAAAGCAACUACAACGACUCGAACUAAUGAAUCACACAACUUUUCAAGCGAAUUUUUAACCAAAAUUUCAUCACUUAAGAAAGCCAAAGAUUUUGAUAGAGUUUACAAAUUUUUUGUAGAUCUUUCAUCUAAAAACAAUCGCGAAAUGAUUUCAAAGGCUUGUGAAGAAGGACUUUGGAAGAAGACAACAGAAGAUGAAAAGAAUGUACUUCAUAUUGCAAGUGAAAAUGGAAAUCUUAAUCUUGUCAAAUCACUUAUUGAUUGUGGCUGUGAUAAAGAAACAAAGGAUAAACAUGGAUGGACUCCACUCAUUUUAGCAUCAGCUAAAGGUCAUCUUGAAGUUGUUAAAUAUCUUAUCUCUGUUGGAGCUGAUAAAGAUGCAAAGGUUAAUGGUGGAUACACUCCACUCAUUUUAGCAUCAGCUAAUGGUCAUCUUGAAGUUGUUAAACAUAUUAUCUCUGUUGGAACUGAUAAAGAAGCAAAGACUAAUGGGAAAAUUGCACUCAAAUAUGCUAGAGAUAAUGUAAGAGAUUUUCUAAUAUCUAUUGGAGCCAAGUAA